AUGGGAAACGUGUGCUUUGGGGUACUCCUUGCUAUCCUGGCCUUUCUCAUCAUGGCUAUCAAUGCUCUUGUGGCUGUUGCGCUGGUGCGUUCUUUGGUUGGCUUCACCAUAACUGGGCUGGUUACAGAGGAGCUGGCUGGCCCCACCCACCAUACUUCCCGAAAUUACUGUAUCCUGCGCAUGGCCUGCAUCGCCUGCCCCUCAGCUGCUUCCAUCCUUACAGUCAUUCUGGUGGCCUUUGACAGAUACCUGGCCAUUAAGCAUCCAUUCCGAUACUUCAAAGUCAUGCAUGGCCUAGUUGUUGGGGCUUGCAUCGGAGGGCUCUGGCUCCUCGCCUUCUUGAUCGGCUUCCUCCCUUUGAUCGUCCAGAGCUUCCAGAAGAAGAGCUACCAAGAACCAUGCACUUUCUUUGGUGUCUUCCACCCCACCUACAUGCUCACUAUCUUUUGUGUGGCUUUCUUCCCAGCUUUGUUCGCUUUCGUCUACAUUCACUGUCACCUGCUGAAGAUUGCUUCUUCGCACGCCCAGCAGAUUCGAGAGCGGGAGCAAAUCCGCUCAUCAGGAACUUGCCCGGCCCUGCAGCCCUCCAGCGAUACCAAGGCCAUGCGCACUGUGACCAUUCUAGUGGGGUGUUUCGUCCUCUCCUGGUCACCCUUCUUUGUUGGGAGUAUCGUGCAAGCUGCAUGUGGGGGCUGCAUCUCGCGUAACAUCCUUGAGCAUUACUUGUGGGUGUUGGGCUUAUGCAACUCUCUCAUGAACCCCGUAGUCUAUGCCUACUGGCAGAAGGAAGUACGCUUGCAGAUCUAUCAAAUGUGCUUGUGCAUGAAGAGGAAGGUCUUCCCCCUGUUCCAUGCUGACAGUCGUCAUCAUACUCCCAGCGGGACUCUGGCUUCAGUUCACACCAUCUCACUGCCCAAGCUCGAGGAGUGA